AUGGUUUAUUGUGGAAAGCCAAGUCCUGCCUGUGGGCGCUGUCGCACUCGUCGCUUGAAAUGCGAUCAAGGAUCACCAUCAUGUACCCAAUGCAUGCGGGCUCAAGUGGAUUGUCCGGGAUAUCGAGAUCCGUUGGACUGGAAUUUUCGAGAUCAGAGUGAAGAUGUGAUCCGCAAGUCUCAGCAGCCACGCAGAAAGCGCGCAACCGCUAGCCGCUCUAGCACCGCUACCACCUCCACAAUCUCCACCACACCCACUAGCAGCGUUCAGGAUGUGACUCCGCCAAGAAACAGUCUUAUUUACCCAAUCCAAGAAUUAGCAAGGGCCCAUCUCUUCGUGAACUACAUGUCUGGGGGCCCCAGCGGGGGCCACAUGUCCUAUCUGCUGCCUUUGAUGAAAGACUCUCGGAAUUCACCCGUUUUGACCACCGCACUGGCCGCGGUGGGAUUAGCGGCCCUGUCGAACAUUCGUCUUUCUCCACGAAUGAUGCUCCAAGCUAGGAAAGAGUAUACGACCGCACUAUCUCAGACCAAUCAUGCGCUCAGAGACCAUGUUCUAUCCAAGAGAGAUGAUACAUUGGCAGCUGUGGUAUUACUGGGUAUGUUUGAGGUAAUGACCUGCAGCGAUGGAUCUUUUAUGUAUCGAUGGAUCAAGCACAUGGACGGAGCCAGAAAGAUAAUUGAACAUCGAGGCUCAGAACAAUUAACUCGACCGGAGGGUUUAGGUUUGUUCACGAAUCUACGGGCGCAAAUUGCUAAUCAACAAUAUUCUGACAUUACUACCCAGAGCAUCAGCCAAAUAUACCAAGAGAAAUACAGCUCUCCAACUAUGACCCAGCUCACGGAAGAGGCAAAGCAAUACCGAGACCCAGACGACCGAAUGGUCGAUGAUAUUAGCCGGGUGGUCCUCCAAUUGACCAACUUUUGCGCAGCCCUUAAAGAUGGCAGUAUCGCCCAGCCCAGCGAGAUUAUCCGCCGUACUCUGAACCUUGACGCAGACCUCAUGUCAAUACUCCUUACUAUGCCUCCCUCGUGGGGGUAUAAAACAGUCAAGGUUCCGCUGGUAGACGGAGAGCCCAUCACCCGCACCGUUUGGGGCGAUAGUUAUCAUGUGUAUCGCGAUCUUUCUGUGAGCGGCAUUUGGAACAAUACUCGCGCUGCGCGACUCAUAAUGCACGAAGUGCUUCUCGAGGCUGUGGAAGCACUUGAGAAUUCAUCACCGGGGAGCAGUGGCCUCCAUCAACAGCAAAUUAUUACGACUCAAAGUCAACAGAUUGCGCAUCAACUGGUGGAUGAUAUCUGCGCCAGUGUACCCUUCCAUCUGGGCAUGGGUAUGGAUGAUACCUACGAGUGGGAAUCCUCCAGCCAAAACGCUGCGUAUGAAUCCUAUCCUGUGGCGGGAAAUCCAGAGGGCUCAUUUCCGACCACACCAUUUCCAUGGAUGCCAAUGCCCGAAUUUCCAUCCGCCGAGGGAAGCUCAUCUUUGGGAACAGAUGCAGCACACCUUGGAGCCUUUUUACCCAGCACGAACAUGAUGAAUUCAGAGAACCAUCGUGCCGCGCCUCUCCCUCCUAGUUUCGAGGUCUCAGGGGCUGGAGGCGUCACUCUAGUGUGGCCUCUGUUGAUUGCUGCAAACUCUGGAUUUGCAUCUCCUGAGCUGCGUAAAUGGAUUAUUGGUUGUCUGGAAAAAAUUGGACAUGCUAUGGGAAUCAAUCAAGCGUUGGCUAUGGCACAGUUAUUGCGGGAUGGGAUGGAUUCUCGGGCCUGGAUAUCGCCGGAGGGCUCUCCAAUCCAUGCGACUUCGUGA